AGCCCUAAUUUUGCCAUUCGACUUCGCAAUCGCAGUUUCGAGCACCCUUUUGUAUUUGCGUCAGUUGUUUGGGCAGGUGAAGCUCUUCGAAUUUCCGCCAUGAAGCCUCUGGAACCCCGUCAGAUCAAGUUUCCAGGGCGAGCCUUACUCUGUGUGGGUCCCAGGGUUUAGGGCUUAUGGACUUAGGAGUCAAGCGAUGCCGACAGUCGAUAUUUUGAAGGGGGGUUCGGAUUGGAAAUGUUUGAGUUCGGUGUAGUGCCGAAGUCGUAUUGGUGGACAUGCUUGGCGCAAGAGUUGGACCUGAUCCGAGUUCAAUAAGGGCAUUGAACAUUUGACGCAAUUCAAUGGACGAGGAUGCAGCUCGAGACGAACUGGAUACCAGGGCUUUGGAAGUUGAAGCCUGUGAGCUAGAUCGAGCGAUCACUUCUUUGCUGCAAACACAUGACUCAAAAGCAAAUGAUUGGAUAAAUGGCUUUGUGGUUCUACCUCGAGCAUGGACCGUGUCCCUUUAUCUGGCAUUUCCACCUCCAGGAUCGGCUGCUGGUGGAUCCGAGGACGUUCGUUUCUUUGCCUUGAAUCUCUUGCUUUCGAAAAUAAGGGGGGACCGAUCUCAAGUGCCAGCAGAUGAAGCGUACGAAAUCUACGAGGCAUUGAUGCGUCAGCUGCCUUUGAAUCUGGGGAACAGGACGGUUGGAGCAAGGCUGUGUCUGGUAGUGAGUGGUGCUGCCGCACUGGCAGGUGCAGACACUUGUUAUGAAUUGGUGGAAUAUAUAGUGGGCGGGUCUGUGGAUGGUCCUCUGGCAGUAGAAUUGCUCAUCAGCCUUGCCGAAGAGACUUUGCACAGAACCACUGCUCUUCCUUGGCAGGUUGGAGAGUGCAUGCAGUACUGCAGUCCACAGGUCAUCUCUUAUUUGCAGGCGUUGGUGGAAGCACCUGGUAUACAUCAGGAUUUUGUUGCUAGGGUUAUAGUCUGUUUUGAGCGUUGGAUACGCGCAGGGGUUGUAUUGUCAGAGUUUUAUUUGAACAACGCAUCAUUGUUGAAAGUGGUUCUGGAGGCUUUAGGGUCUUCAGAUGAUGCAUGCUUUGAAGGGGCUGUGGGCAGUUUGUCAGAGUUGAUUUCUGCUGUUGAUCCUCUGCCUGGUAGGGAAGAUGCAGUGCGCGCUGUGAUAUCCGCAGUUUUGGCACAGAAAGGGCAGUUUGUCGCUGCCAUAUCAAGUCCUAGUGACUCAACCAUCAAACGGGCUCAGGCAUUGUUAUCCCUGGUAAGCGUAAUCUGUUGCUCUGAGCCUUACCUUCUUGCCAAAGGCGGGCAGGAUGCUUCAGAUAUCUUUGAAUGGCUCAUCCUUGGGUUAGGAAAUCUCGGCCUCGAUGGUUCGUCGAUUGCUGCAGAACCAUGGCCCCGAAUUAUCGGCGUACCAAAAUCCAAAAGAAGUGAUCUACUGCAGAGUCCUUUAUUUGCUGCAUGCGCCCAGGCCAUACUUCAGUCCACCACGUAUCCUUCGGAAUUCAGCACCUGGGAGGAAUCUGAGGUGGAGGAAGAUGAAUUCUAUAGAUUUCGAGAAGGUCUGGCUAAAGACACAUUGGUAGCUUGCUUCAAUGAACUCGGCAGUGCACUGCUUGUAUACAUCAUUGACCGAUUUCGUGGCGCGAAUCGUUGGCAAGAUGCUGAAGUCUGUCUUUAUGCAGCAAUUUCUCUCAGUAACGAGAUCCUGAAUCCUGUAGCAGAUAACCAUCUCGGUUGUGAUGCUGGUAAAUCGUUCUUUUUGACCAUUAUCACAUCAUUGCCAGGCAGCUCCGCUGUUAUACAGCUGGAUUCGGCAUCCUUGCCUCAUCCUAAAUUGGUAGAGACGACAGCGACGUUCUUAGAAAGUUAUGCUGAUUGGGCGGCUUUGGAUCCAAAUGCGUUGCAAACUAGUCUGAGUUACAGUGUGGGAGCAUUAUACAUUCCAGAUGCUAGAUCGAAGGCUGCUAGUGCACUGAGAGAAUUAUGUCGUGCCGCUGCUCCCUCCAUAGCGGCUACUGGCAUGCUCCCAGCACUGAUGGAUGCAUGUGAAAAAGCAGUAAAAACAUCCUUCCGAAGAGUGUCAGAGAGUUCUGAUCGUCUUGCUUUGAUCAAAGGACUCGCACAAGUAGCUGUUGCAUUGCCCCUGGAAGAAGCCAAAUCUGCAUUAAUCUCACUGACGACCUCAGCUGUCUGUGCUAUAAAAGCCCUUGCCGGAGCACGAGAUGUUUUGGACGAGAACGGACCCAGACUUGCGGAAGCUUUGAGAGUUCUGGUGGUUGCCAUAGAUUGUGGAGAUGCAUCAGUGUAUAACCACAGCAGUACUGCCCACCCAGGUGUUGUGAUCAUAGAAGAAGUCUGGCCCGCCAUCAACGUGAUUUCCACUGUUUGGGUUGAGGACGGCGAUGUCUCAUCAGCUGUCUGUGAACUUUGGUCUAUUAGUGCGCGGAAAGUUGGAGGAGUUCUAUCUGGCGUGAUUGUUGAAGUCAUAAUCGCAGCCACAACUUUAUUCAAGCGCCAUUAUGCUCCAGCAUGCGUGGAUUGUCUUGUGGAUAUCUUGGCUUUAGCAUCUCAGGACGCGGGCAUCUUCGAACAAGUGAGGGAAUAUGCGGGAUAUAUUAUCCUAGAAUUGUCAGAUGUUGGCGUUCAUUUAGCCCAGAUCAGCGCCGAACUCUCUGUGGGAUCCAAGUCUACAAGCUGUCUGGUCAUCUUUGCAGAACGGAAUGGUCAUGAUCAGGUCAACUUACACAGAAAGCAACAAAGUGUUGCUGCUGGGCUGCAGGCCCUCUGCCGUCUAGGUCGAGCUUUUCUGCGGCAUCAUCGCUAUACGCUAACGCAUGUUACUGCCUUUUCAAAUUUGGUCAGUUGUGGUAUUGAAUGCCUUCGGAGAAGGUACAUGGGCCCAUCCUUAUCAGCUGUGAAGUUUCUAGCGGAGAUUGCAAUGGGUUUCGGAUACUCUGAUGAGGAUAACAUUGACAGGAUCGAAUGGCGAAUUCAGGCGGACUUGUCCGCUUGUUGGGAUGAAAUUCUUGGCCCUCAUCUGAAUCCAAUAGUGGAAAUUGCACUGAAGACUGCAGCAGGGAGUGAUAUUGUACCUAGUACUCGAGAUGCGCUUUCAGAUAUUUUUUACGGGCUUUGCCUGCGUCAUGCUCGAUAUUGUGAAGCAGCCUUGAAAGCUGCCGUCAAUAGCCCCAACUUCCCUUUUAAGACGGGCACUUUAACUGAGUCUGUGAAGAGUACCUUUGUUGCAGCAGCUGUUCGUCAACCAGUGCAUCACAGACGAAUGUUUCGAGAGCUUGUAGGAGACUUUGCAAGGGUUUGCCAGGGGCAGAUGCCAGCUGAUGUGUUGCAACGCUACAACCCAACCAAUUGAUUGUCAACUCCUGUACUGAAUUUAUUUUUGGAGACAUGAGCAUUUGGAGUCGUACAGAAUGAAACAAUUCUCGUAGAAUCAAUUGGUCGUUGAAUUGGACGCCUUUCAAGAGUUGUGCAUGUCAAAUGUUCACACAACCGACAUUUGCACUGCAUGGGAGAGUUCAACACUGUAGCAUCAUGCCGAGGGACUGAUUCACGGUAAACUGGUUUUCCUCCUAAUGUCUUGCAAUCGUAUCGAAACAUGCUUUAGAAUUUGGGGCGUUAAAGAAUAUCGUAAUAGUUUUGAGUUUCUGUUUUCUAUUUUUUUAUGGUUUUAUUUUCUUGUUUUCACAGCUUCCUAGUUUCAAGGAAAGAUACUUGUGGAUUGUUUUCUGUUUCCUGCAGGCGAAUGAAGGUCGAAUUUUAUGUAUUUUAUAUCCCCAUGUCCAGGCCAAAGCUAGUUGAUCAAUUGAAGACAUCAUAGUUCAGAAAACCUUUGACAAUGCAAGGGUACUCCCAGGUGUGGGUACCAAUGUGAUGGAUGACCUGCACUUAUUGUUUCAUUCAGGUUUUCAGCAGGAGCUUGAUGGAGGUUAAUGAAAAACAAUUUAGCUGCCAUGUGAGCUGAUUGAGUCUUGGGUUCGCAUUUUGUUAAUUUCAACUGUAACUGAGACUUCACCAAUUUUAAACAUUCCCGGAGGUUUUCGUUACUGAAGAACUUGGUAGCUCAUCCUCCUUCAGCUUGCUUACUACAUUGACCAUGUUCUGUUGAUACUCGCACAAGUUUUCUGUACAUAGCGUUUCUAGACAACAGUGUCGAGACCAAAGUGGAAACUUGUAGAGUGCAAGCUAUAAGGUUUUAGUCAUAUUUUUGUAUCAUUUGAUGGCAUCUAAAUAGCUUAGAGCUAUGACGCAGAUGAGUACUUCAAACGUGUAAAGAAGUAUGUUCAUUGUAAUUUUUGUGAACAUGAUCUUAAGGGUAUUUGACUGA